GAAUGCAGCUGGCUGGUGGGGCAGGGGCAGGACUAUUUAAGCUGAGGUUGAGGGCCGGCUGGCAACCCCAGCGGCCUGUCUUGUGAGCAGCCAGCAUGGAUGACAUCUACAAAGCGGCGGUAGAACAGCUGACAGAAGAGCAGAAAAAUGAGUUCAAGGCCGCCUUUGACAUCUUUGUGCUGGGAGCUGAGGAUGGCUGCAUCAGCACCAAGGAGCUAGGCAAGGUGAUGAGGAUGCUGGGCCAGAACCCCACGCCCGAGGAGCUGCAGGAGAUGAUCGAUGAGGUGGAUGAGGAUGGCAGUGGCACAGUGGACUUCGACGAGUUCCUGGUCAUGAUGGUCCGCUGCAUGAAGGAUGACAGCAAGGGGAAAUCGGAGGAGGAGCUGUCGGACCUCUUCCGCAUGUUUGACAAAAAUGCUGAUGGCUACAUCGACCUGGAGGAGCUGAAGAUAAUGCUGCAGGCCACCGGUGAGACCAUCACGGAGGACGACAUUGAGGAGCUCAUGAAGGAUGGCGACAAGAACAAUGACGGCCGCAUUGACUAUGAUGAGUUCCUGGAGUUCAUGAAGGGUGUGGAGUAGACACUGACCUUCGCUUACAGCUGCCCAUUGCCAUUCUCCCACUCCAGCUAUGCGCUGGGGUGGGGUCGGAGCCGGGGAUCCUGAGGCCCUGAGUCUGGUUGUGUCCUUGAACCCUAGCCCUCCUUGACUCCUUCCCCACCCCUGUCCUGGGGAAUGCAAAUAAAAUCUUGCUCCCCAGAGA